GGAGACGCCCCCUCGCCUCACGUAGACGGGAAGGGGGGCCUGCCCCACCCCCACGAAGCGAGGGGGGGCUGGCCGCCUCUGCUUCCCCCGUCCCUGGGGGCCGAGUGGGAGGGAAGCGCGAGAUGGUCUUACUGGAACCGGCCCCCCCGCGAGCGAAGAUGCUGGAAGCAUCAGAAGAUCAUAACCACUGGGAAGCUUGUUGACUGCUGUUUCCUGAGAACCUUGAGAUUAACAUCAGUCUGGCAUGGCGCAGGGCAGCCAGCAACUUGACAUGCAGGUACUCCAUGACCUCCGGCAACGUUUCCCUGAGAUUCCAGAAGGUGUGGUGUCUCAGUGUAUGCUCCAGAACAACAACAACCUUGAUGCUUGUUGUCGAGUUCUUGCUCAAGAGAGUAACAAAUACCUGUAUAUGGAGUAUCACAGCCCAGAUGACACCCGAAUGAACAGGAAUCGCCUUCUGCAUAUUAACCUGGGCAUCCAUCCUCAUGCCAGCUAUCACGGAGGGGACGGAGCUCAACUUAAUGGUGGUCGUACACUGGUACAUAGUUCAAGUGAUGGACAUAUAGAUCCACAACGCACAGCAGGUAAACAACUGAUAUGUUUAGUUCAAGAACCACAUUCUGCUCCAGCUGUUGUGGCAGCUUCUCCCAACUACAAUCCAUUUUUUAUGAAUGACCAGAAUAGAAAUGCAGCUACUCCUCCUCCACAACCACCUCAGCAACCUUCUUCCAUACAACCUGGAAUGAAUACAUCUGCUAUGCAAGGCCCUCCUCCUCCUCCUGCAUAUAUGCACAUACCUCGGUACAGCACAAAUCCUAUAACUGUUACAGUGUCACAAAACCUCCCUUCUGGUCAGACUGUACCCAGAGCUUUACAGAUUCUUCCUCCGAUUCCAAGCAGUCCUUAUGGGAAUCCUGGCUCUCUCUACAUUAGGCAGACAUCUCAAGGUUCUUCAGGACGACAGACUCCCACUCAAAAUACACAGUGGCAUUCAUCACCACAAGGUCCAGUUCCACAUUACAGUCCACAUCCAUUACCCGUCUAUCCACACCAACAGAACUAUCAGCCUUCUCAGUAUUCUCCAAAACAGCCCCAGAUUCCUCAGUCACCUUUUCGAUCACCACCUACUUCUCAAUGUCCUUCUCCUUUUGGUUCACCUCAGCAUCAAGUUCAGCCUACUCAGUUAGGACAUCAAAGUUCCCAUGUAUUUAUGCCUCCUAGUCCUUCAACUGUGCUACCCCAUCCAUAUCAACAAACGCCCCAGACGUAUCAAAAACCAGGUGGACACUCAGUAUCUUAUCUCCCAUAUGGCGGCCCUACCUUAUCUAAAGGCUCCAUGAACAAGAUCGAAAUUACAGUUGAGCCACCACAAAGACCGGGGACUACAAUGAAUAGGAGCCCUUCGCCUAUAAGUAACCAACCGUCCCAACGGAACCAGCACCCAUUGUAUGCACCUGCUACUCCUCCUUCAAGUUCUCCUUCCAGAAGUAUGUCAGGUCAGCCCAAACCUCCUUACAGUGUUAAUCCUGUAUAUAUAACAUACACACAACCAGCUGGACCUACAGGAGUACUUACACAGUCCCCCCGGGUAAUGGUAUCUCAGCCAAAUCCAGCAGUUUUUAAAAUCACAGUAGGCCGAGCACCAGCUGAGAACCUUCUAAAUUUAGUGGACCAAGAAGAGCGUUCUGCAGCACCAGAACCUAUCCAGCCCAUUUCAGUUGUACCAGGAUCUGGAGGUGAAAGGGGAAGCCAUAAGUACCAGAGGAGUUCCAGUUCUGGAUCAGAUGACUAUGCUUAUACUCAAGCCUUGUUAUUACACCAACGUGCAAGGAUGGAGAGAUUAGCAAAGGAACUGAAGUUUGAAAAUGAUGAACUUGAGAAGCUUAAAGGUGAAGUGAAUGGCAUGGAACAUGAUCUUAUGCAAAGACGUCUGAGAAGAGUGAGUUGUACAACCUCAAUCCCAACACCUGAGGAGAUGACCAGAUUGAGAAGUGUGAACAGGCAGCUCCAGAUAAAUGUUGACUGUACACAGAAAGAAAUUGACCUCCUUCAGUCUAGAGGGAACUUUGACCCGAAAGCCAUGAGUAACUUUUAUGAUAACAUAGAACCUGGUCCUGUUGUGCCACCAAAGCCAUGUAAAAAAGAGUUUAAAAGAAAAUCAUUCUCUGUAGACCAUCAGAACAGUUCCAAGCAAGCUUCGCGAUCACAGCCAAGAGAUGAAGAUUUUGAAGGAGCUCCAUGGAAUUGUGACAGCUGUACUUUUUUGAACCACCCAGCACUGAAUCGUUGUGAGCAAUGUGAAAUGCCGCGGUAUGCCUGAAUCCAUAAAAGUCUGCUUUGGAUUAAAAAUGGGCUCUUGAGCACACAGCCAUAGAAGGAACGUGAGGCACCUUUCCGUACAUCUACGAGGCAACUGACAGCCAAUCAUUUUUAAAUUAUAAGGGAGAAGUCCCUCUUCCACUCACGCUGCACUAAAGAUUAGUUUGGGGAAAAAUACUCUUAUCCCAUUGUGGUGAGCAAGGCUGAAAGGAUAUUGUAAAUCCUAAAUGGAUUCCCUCCGUGAAGAAUGUAUACAGGAAAGCAGGUGAUUGCUGCUCUCCUAGCCCCUAUAAUUACAUUUGCUGGGUAGUAGCCCUUAUAUAUAUUUUUAUAAGCAUAGAACUAUUACUUUGUGGUGUGAAGUGUUACAGGUAUCCAGACAAACUGUGAAUUACCAGAGCUGAGAAUCUGGCCACAGCAAGCUGGAAAAGAAAGGCUCCCUGUGCUUCCAGAUUGUAAACUACUGAAAAAGAAGGGGUGGGCGGGGUGGGGAAUCAAAGCGCAAAAAAAAAAAAAAGGGUAUUUGUAAAUGCUGCUUCUUUCAGGGUAAUUUCAGUCUACACAAUUGCUGUCUUGAAAUUGUGAAUCAUGGUGAGGAGGGGGAAGUACUGUAUGAGCCUUAUUUAUAGAGUACAAUCAGAGGUGAUGUUACAAUCCCUUUUGCUUGUACAGCGCUCACCAAGUCAUGUUAACACUGGUAAUUAAGUAAUUAUACCAUAUUACAGAUGAAAAAAAUAGAUGCAUGCUUUUAUUAGGCCUUUGUGUUUUAAAGCUAAAAGUAAAGUAUGCUUUUAUAAAUUAUAUUCCCUUAAAACUGCUUGAUGACAGUAGAGCGGACGUAUGCCAAAUGCAGAACUAUUCCAAAUUCUCUUUGGAAGACUUGAGCUCAGCCAUUGUUAUGUAUGAGAAGUGUUUGCACCCUGUUUCUUAGGCCUUUCAGCUUCCAAUUAUGUGAAGAAUUCAUGAUGUUUACAGCACAGAAGGUACUUUGUGCCCCCAUUCUGAUUUAGCUGAAAACUAGUAAUCAAUAUUAACUCUUCAAUAAAGGUUUAUUUGCACAUUGUCAAUAAACCAGCCUGUAUUAAUUAAUAUGAGUGGUGGAUCUUGAAAUGUUGCACACUGCAUUUCUUUUUUGAAUUUGGUCAGCUAAUGGACAUAAAGAAUACAAGAAAUGGAACUGUACUGGUACUUUUAUGGAUCUGAUUAUUAUAAAGAUGUUUGAUUUGAGUGCUUCAGUUUGCUGAAAUAAAGCACUCUUUUGUGAAGGUUUCUUGGUUUUGAAGGAGUCAUUCAAAAAUAAAAUUGUGCAAGAACAGUCAGGAUGUUUAUUUCUCACUGAUGAAAUACUGUGACAGUUCAUUUAGUUUCUUACACACUCAAAAUGUGUUAUCCCUCAUCCUUGCAGCCUUUUCACACCUUACCCAUGUAAAUUUUCUCUCAUUGUUUGGUAUGUUCAGAUGAUAUGUUUGCCAUUCAAAGUGGAAUUUAUCUGCUGUGAUGCUGAAGUACUGAUUCAUACAUUUAAAAUCUUAUCAAGCAGUAAGGAGUACAAUGAAAUUAAAGGAAUCAGUAUUGAGAUGUUUUUUGGUUUGAAAUCCUGAUUUUUACAGUAAUAAAUAUGUUGACCUUUGAAUGUCUGAAGGGAACGUUAAGAAUUCUGCUUCCCCUAAAGAAAGGUUAAUUAUGAAAUUCUUCUCUUCCGUAAAAUAGAAAAAAAGAAGAGAUGAAGUACUUCAGGCAAAGUAUUUUCUUAGUUACCCAUUAAGUAACAUUAACGCUUCAGCUGUUCAGUAGCAUUUGUCAUGAUUUCAUAUUGAUGCGUUUGCCUUUUUUGAACACAAGUUCUUGUUGGCACUUAUUUGUGCUGCCAUUGGCAAGGAAAUUAUAGUAGUCAAGUUAGGAGUACAAGUAGCUUGUUUGAAAGGUAUGUACCACUUCUUUAAACCAGUGUGACUGCAAGGGUUUUUGGUUGGGGAGGGUUUACUUACAACUACUGCAUGCAACCUAUCAAAUUGGGUGCCAUCCAUCUUUGCAUACUUUCUGGAGUCAGGCAGCAUAAUCAAAAUUCCCCUAGGGCCUUUGUAUGUGCACACAUUUGUGUGAACACGGGGAUUUCCUGUUUCAUUUUGUGCAUAGGGAUUGCUCUACACAUGUGGAUUGACUUAUUGUGUGUACACAGUAUUCUCUGAUUCAUAGGAUAAUAGGGAAGCCGUAAACAUACAUCACAGUACUCCACUCUGGAUCUGUGGAGUUGUUGUGGAGAUCCAUUUCCUUUUAUUCAUAUUUUACCUAUGGAGUAGAAGACAAGAUCAGCUUUUGGUGGGGAGGAAAAGAUGAUAGCUAGUGAUCAUGUUGAUUCAAAGAAAAUUAAAAUUAUUAAGUUACUGUCACUACUUGAUUGUGCAAAAAUACUGUUGUACAUGUUUACUUGUAAAUAUCCUUUCACACUGUAAUACUGAUGAUAGCAAUGAAAUUAAUUUUAAUUUGUAUGAGUUGUAUAUGAGUAUUCAGUUUCAACUUACAUUUGGAAGCCAUCUGGGAAUCUAAAGUGGUUUUAGGUUAUGCCAGAAUAAACCCUAAUUGCAUAAAACCUUCAGUUAGUGUGCUAACACCUUAUAUUGCUUGACAUACAAAAUGCACUGUAAUGUAUACAACUUUGGAAUGUGCACAUCUGAAUGGUGGGAUUUUGAGGCCAUCAUGAAUUUUAAAAAUGCACUACUUUUUAAUAAUUGACCUUUCUCCUGCCCAUAGUACUUGGGUAACCUAUGUCCAGGUUCUCCAAAAUACUUGUUUAUAAAUGCCUAUUUUAUAUUUAACUGCUAUUAAGAUGUUUCCCUUUCACAUAUAAACUACAAAAACCUCUCCAAGUUUUAGUUAAUAGAAUAGCUUGUGGAAAGUCAGAAUAUAGCAAACCAAAAUUAAAUCCUGUACUUGGAUAUAUGGUGGAACUAUCAAGCUAGCUUGUACACUUAGGAAGGGAGGGGCUAAGAAAGUAAGAGAAAAUGUUUUGUGAAAUAGAUCAAAUUGAGAAGUGUGUUUGUGUGUCUGUGGUAUGUAUGUAUUUUUCCUUACAGCAGAUGUAUAAGCAAGUAUAAUUUUUAAAGAGCUGGUCUCAGUCAUGCUACUAAAUCAUGUGUUCUCUCAGUUACUGUAUGUUCCAGUUAUGUACCUUUUUCUUCCUUUCCCCUACCCCUUUGAUUGUAAACUUCUUUAAAAUAACUUGGAUUUUGACAGACUUUGAAAUUAGGACAAAGUUUUAAAAAUGUUUUAAAAGAACAUGAAAAUAUUAAAUAUGCUGAUAAAUGGGAUUGUGACCUUGGAUAACACAAGAAAAAAAUGUAGUGUAGCCUGAAAUGUGAAAUCAGUUUAUAGUAUAGUAUGACAUGUGGCCUGAUCGGCUCUCAGUUCCUCUGUUACCUGGUCAAAUGCUGUGGGUCUACAGAGAAAUCAAAAUGGGCACAGAAAUAAAUGCAUAUUAUAGCCAA